GAUUUGUAGUCCCCUGGCCCUUGCGGGCUCGGCUUGCCCAAGGCAUGGCAGAGAAGAAGGCCAUUCCCCAUCCCUGGGGUUUGACGUGCCUGUCAGACAAACGCGCCUCGAGGGCUCUCCAAUCCCUGAUGGAUGGAGCUUGGAGCAGCACCUUUGCGGCUCUGCCUGACCUAAGCGCCGAGACUACAUUUCCCAGCCUGCCGCGGGAACGCGACUAACCCUGCAGGUUGCUCUCGGUUGCAGAGGAGCCAAAGAGAAAACAGUGGAGGGAGAAGGAAGGAAGGAAAGGAAAGAAAGAAAGAGAGAAAGAAAGAAAGCGAGAAGGAAGGGGGUGGGGAGGACAAAAGGAGGCGCAGCAGGCAGCAUCUCUGGGCAGGCGGAGGAUGCAUGCGCUAAGCGAGCUCUGAGAGAAUGGCUGUGGAAGCUAUCCAUUGCAAUCUAAAUCCAAAUGGUAUCGAUCUGUCUGUCCACACGGAAGGAAUUAACCUGCAACUGGAAGGUGAGAGAGUGGACUCCUCCUCACUCAAAAAGGAAAACUCUUCUAAGCUGCCAGAAUCAAAAGGAACACCCAAGAGGCAACAAGGGGAGUCGGAAACAUCUAAGUCAAAUAUCGUGAAGCUCACCAAACCAGUGGCACUAUGGACCCAGCAAGAUGUGUGCAAAUGGUUGAAGAAACAUUGCCCGAAUCAGUAUCAAAUCUACAGUGAGUCAUUCAAACAGCAUGACAUAACUGGCCGUGCGUUGCUCAGGCUGACAGACAAAAAGCUUGAGAGGAUGGGGAUUGCUCAGGAGAGCUUACGGCAGCACAUUCUGCAGCAGGUCCUUCAGCUAAAAGUGAGGGAGGAGGUCCGAAACCUUCAGUUACUCACGCAAGCCUCAACAGAGAGUUCUCCGUAAAUGUUACCAGCCUCUAAAGCUGCUGCCCUGCCAGAUGAUACAGAACUUGAACUUUUACUUGAUGGAAGACAAAAAUAAAACACAAUCGAUGGCACUGCCACAAAGAAGACGAGCACCGACAAUUCAAGAACUUAGCAAAAUCCCAUCCAUCUCCUCCAUGGGAUAAGCCCUGAGAGAUCAUGCUGUGCUUAUGGAAUGCAAAGAAGGGUCUAUGAUGAAAAAGUGCUAACUUUCUCCAACUAAUUAUCGGUGGACCCAUUACACUGGAAAAUGUCUCCCAGUUUUCAUCACUGUGCAUAAACUUUGUGUUCCUAUCAGGGAACUCUCUGUGACCUUCACUAAAAGUUCUGGGAUGGGUUUUUAUUUUCUGUUGUUGAUGUUUUCUGAGCAUGUCAAAUACUGGAUAAUAUUAUGUAUGCAGAUGGCAUGAUGUUUUUAGGGGAGUGGGGUGGGUGGGAUGUCCCAGAUAUGCACAAUCAGUGGAAAUGUUUGCCAAUAUCCUUACUCUCUGUCACUUGAUGUGGAUGUCGACAUAUUCUGUUUGUAUUAGUAAUGCAGCUGAAUGAUAUGCCAAUUUAUAAUAUCAGCAUCCCCCACUCAGUCUCCUUACAGACAUUCUAGCUGAUUCGAUUGUGUUAAAGGAAAGUUUCUGAGAUCACAUCCGUUUAAAUGUUUCAGGUAACCACAGUGGGAUGCUACCUUAAGUGUAGUCCAUGGUAUGCAUCGCUUCACGGAUUCAUGCAAGAUUGGUUUGGUACCUUGUCUGGAUGUUGUAUUGGCUGUUUUGACACUUGACUUGUAGAGGCAGUAGAAUGAGAGCACGUAAGUGUCUUUGCUGCACUAACCUUCCCAAAAUUACAAGUGGAACUGUAUGUCUGUUGUUUCAAUGCAUGUUCAAUAAUAGAGGAAAGGAAAAUGAUAGAUAAAAACAUUGUUCUCUUGUUACAAGAAUCCCUUGCCCUUGAUGAAGACAGACAUAACAUUUAGGGGAUCAGGGAGGACAGUCUGAGUAUGUCCUUACAGACAUUGAAUACAAAUAUAUUUUUCCUAAGUGAGCUCUGAAAGCCCCUUUUACACAUUUACAGCCAAAGCCAGCUGUAAUGAGCACAAAUUGGCUAGUCUACGUGCCAUCACUGAAACCGUGUCCUUUGCUUUCCUGGAAUACUUUUUUCCAACUGUUUUCCAAUGCUUACUAGUUUUUAAUGGGUGGGAAGGUGAAGGAUCCACAUAGAAUAACAAUGCUACAUCUAUAUAAGCUACUUUAAAUAAAAUACAUAUUUUUCUAAGAAGGUGCAUACCUCUCUUGAAACAGGUUGGAUUGGUGAUCCAGUGUUUGAUUUGCUGUGGUAUGUAUAUUCUAGGUAAGGAUCAGUUUGUUACUACUGUUAAAAUGUUAUGUCUAUCUUCACCAUUAGAAGCAAUGUGUGUCUAUGGUCAAGAGUACAAAUACUUGAAAAAAUAUACUACCUUCCCUUUUUUGUCUUUAUGUAUAUGAAGAAAUUUUAUGGAUGAUGACUUUGCAACUUUAGGAAUGAAGCCUGCAGUUGUUUGUAGGGUAGUAAAGGUGAGUAGCUGUUAAGACCUCCCUAGUUUCUGGAGGACUGGAGCCUUCAGGAAAUCCAUAUGUUGCUUCCCCAAGUUUGAUAAUAAACCAUUCAAUCUAACGACAUUUUCUUCCUUAGACACCCAAUUUAGACCUGGGGUUCACCAUUUACAUCAAUUAUCCAUGCUACAUUGUCGCCAAAGUCCUUUUUUUCUUAGCUUGACAACUUGCCACUGGUAGGUCGCAACUUGGCUCAAGUCAACAUUUCAGAAGCCAAGCAUACUUUGGGGUCUUCAACAGAGUGUUCAAGGACCUUUUGUUUGAUCCUGUAGAGCAAAUGAAUUAUAAAUCUGUCUUAACUAUCAUUUUUCCAGUCAUUUUUCCCACAAAAUGCUUUCUUACAAUAAAAUAUGGUCAAGGAGAACUGUUCGUUUUCAACAAAACAGUACCUGGCACAAGAUUGUUGCAUCCCAAGUGAGCUUUCCUCUUUGCCGUUCAUUUUUUAUGUUGCCAAAACACAGCAGGCUGUGUCUUGAUCUUCAUAUCCAUCCCAGGUUGUUUUGUUUUGCUCUUUGUUUCUUGUUCAAAACAAAAUUAUUUGUAGCAGAUAUUAAUAGUAGCUUCCACAGGACAAGCAAGUGGCUGAACAUAGUAAUCCCUAAAUCCAGUGAUGGGAGAUCUGCUCUUAAACUGUAUCUCUCAAUUCAUAGACUGUUACAUUGUUGAAUACGAUUUGUACCUGGUAAUAUGAUUUGUACCUUGAGAUUUAAUAAUGCUACAGUUUUUAUCUUAAGUCUCUUUUGAAAAAUAAGCUCAUCAGUGUUUACACAUGGAUCUGAAACCACUCUUCUCUUUUUCUUCUUGCAUUCUCUUGUUAUUUGUACUUUUGCUCCCUGUGCCAGUCAAAACCUGGGGAAUGAGCACAAAAGAACCCAAGAAAUCAACAUGUUAUUAAAUCAAAACUCAGUAUGAUCAGUACUACUUGGCAAGAGAGAAUGGAAUAGGUCUGUUUGAUCUGUUCUGGUGGACAAAUUGAAAUAUGUGUGCAUCUCAAAAUCCAUCUCAUUUCAUUUUGACCUCCAAUCAAAGUAGUCAUAAUGAAUUGCUAACAAUUUCUUAUUCUGGUGGCAGAGGCUGGUGAGCUUGGCUGUAUUUUUGUUUUUAGACUGUUUUCAUUUGUAUUUGUCAUAAAGAAAAUUAAGUACACUUAGUUCUAGAAGAUUUGAUUCUGUUAAAUCAGCUUUUCCAAACUUGGAGAUCACUGACACUACAUAACUACAGCAGUUUGACACCACUGUAACUGCCAUAACAAAUCCUGGGAUUUGUUGUUUGUUGUGGCAUCAGAGCUGUCUGAACUACAGAUCCCAGACUUCCAUGGCAUUCAGCCAUGGCGAUUAAUAUGGUGUCAAACUACAGUUCUCCAGUCCAGAUGCAGACUUGUUGUCUACCACAUGUUUUAGACUUUAGCUUCAUUGUUCCUUCACGAUUGACUGUCUUAGCUGGGGACCAUUGGGUUGAGGAAAGCGAUAUUACAAGUGGGAAAGAGUUCUACCAGUAGGUCCCAAUCUUUUAAAGAUUUUGCAUCAUUGUAUAAAGGAAUAGUUUACAAUGCCUCGCAGUCUGGCAAGCAGUUCAUACCCAGACCUAGAGUACUGAUGUUGCCAGCCAGCUCAGAAUGGCAGUGACCUGCUUCAUUAUAGUUGACCAGGCUAUCAGAUCAGAAGUGGGAAGAGCAUUAUCUAGGUUUACAUUUCAUAGCAAGAUCAAAUGUGUGGUAGGGGAAAGAAUCCUGUGAUUAUAGGUGUGGUACAGAAAUAACCAAUUGCCAUUCAUUUUAUAUGAUACAACCACUGAUAUAAAUACUUUUAAGGGACCAUUGUCUAUAACCAGUGCCUCAGAUAAUCAACCAUAGUGACAAACCUACUUCUGUGUGCCUAAAGGAAUUACUGGUUUCCUUGCACACUCUCUCAGCACUUUUCUCUUCCACCAGCAGCUGUUUCUUGUAUAUAUCUAUCUCCUGGAAUCACCAGGUUAUCUCUGUAGUCCAUGUGUAGAACCCUGAGGAACUCUUCACAUAAGAAAAUGAGAAGAUCCCUGCUAGAUCAACCCAAAAGGUCCAUUAAGCUCAAUAUUUUCUUUCCAGCCAUGGUCAAUCAGUUUCUUCUGCAAUUCCAUAGAUAAACGAGAUAUACUUUAUAAUGGGGAUGGUGUGAUAGCCCUCAGAAUCUGAAAAUUAGAUAUUUAACAAUCCUGCCCUUUAUUCACAAUUUCAGGUGAAUUGGUGUCUGAAGCAUCCAAAAUAAAUCUCCAUGUCAUAAGUGAGGGCCCUUGCACAGCUUACUGGAACAGCACAUGCAGAAGACCCGAUAUUCAAUCACCAGCAACUUUAGCUCAAAGAAUCUCAGGUAGGAGGACAGGAGAAGACCCUCUUCUUGAGGCCUUGGAGGUGUGCUGCUAGUUAUUAGAAAUAGAUGUAGGUUAGAUGGAUCAAUACUCUGACUUGACAUAAGCCAGCUUCCUAUGUUUAUAUAACACAUAGAAGCAUAACUGUGCAAAAACCGGGGGUUGACCCCACAGUCCAGCUAUGAUGUUUCUGCCCUGUUACUCAACAAAAUAAAGCUGUAUAUAAGUUUUCCUCCUUAUUUAUGGGUACCUGAACCAGUAUCUGAACAUAGUGACUGUUUCCCACUUCUCUUCCCAUUAACUCUUCCUUAAGCUUUUCUUCAUAGGAAUCCCCUCUUUUGGCAUCAUAGUUUUACACACAUCCUUCUCAAUGUCUCAACAUCUGUAGUGCCCAUAGCUGAACAAACUCUUUCUAUACAUCAUCUCAAUAUGGUAAUUUUCAUACUUAGUAUCUUGAGAAUCUCUUUGCAUAUUGCUUCGACUACCAAGGAACAUCUCUCCCACUGAACUAUAUUGUGUUGUAGCUUCCAGGGUCUGAAGCCUGGGUAUAUGGCAGGGUUUGUUGAGCUUCAUCAAAACCCUACAUAAGCUGAGACUGCACCCCAAUAAGGAAGUCUUAAUCAUGGCAGAUAAGCUAUUUUUCAAGAAAGCGUUUGCGGCAUUAAAUUGGGCCAUUAACUUCUUAUGGAGCCUCAAGAUUUUUCACAGCAUGAUUUGAAGAUACAUCUCUCUGUUGGGCAUUUUCUGUUUUGUGGUAAUUUUGUAUAUUCUUGAAAAAUGCAUCGGAACUAUUAUGUAUUGGUAUAUGUGCUUAGACUCUAAAGGUGUUCUCAGGUAUUACCUUUCCCCAAAGCUAAGUUAAACCGUGGGUCACCAAUACAUUUCCCACCAGUUUGCUUGGAUUUUCGGAAUAUCUGACUCUUAAAAAAAAUACAAAUCUUUAACACUUGCACUUCCAUUUCUCAGUUAUCAUAAUUGUCAAUGUGGUGUCAUCUGGAGCAGAAUUCAACCUAAAUUAAGGGUGUCCAGGACUCAACAGGAGAGAAUUACAGAUGUGUGUAACUCUUAGUUAUGGAAUUUCAACUGGAACAACUUUGUUUUUAAAUCAGAUGUUCUUGGUUCUGGUAUUCUAAAAUGGCCAUUGGGAAGUGUAAAUCUUUUUCUCGUGACUUCUCUGUGGACUCAUACUUUCUGAAAUAUGCUCUGGGGUAGAAAUGUCUUCAUUUACAAUAUUACCAUGAAAUUAAAAUAAAGGUCUGAUUAGCUACUGUGUAUAAA